AUGAAAAAGGGAGGAAUCUAUGAUUUAAAAUUCGACCCAAAGUUGAGUACAGCUAGCUCAAAUGUAGAAUAUCAGAAUGUAGAGUGUGCAGAUAUCCGAUCGAAUGGUAUCUAUGUCAUCAAGUUUAUGUAUCGUGAAUGGGUUGGUCCGAUCACUAUGAUGGUCACACAAAAGUCUUCGAUCAAACUAUCGGUCGACUUUAAAGAAGGUACCGUCACAUGUCUUCACACUGACAAGAAAAAGACUGUCUACCGAUACGACAUUUAUCAAGGAACUGAACAAUCAAGACCUGGUGGUGCAAUGACCGAUGAAGAGAAUCCAGUCAAUUAUGAAACUUUCACAGAUCAUUCAUUUUCUUCAGACAAAUAUACAAAUGAUUUAUUUGUUCAUAAAUCAGAUUCACAAGCAAUGACACAUUUAAAUUAUUUAAAUGAAAGAAAGUUGGGAUGUAUCGAUCAUCUUAAAAAAGAUGUAUACAAAAAUCAUCUUAUAUUCAUUGGUGCAUCAAAAGAGAUUGCUAGUUCUGAAGUAGAUAUGUUAGAUUUUCGUAAUCUAGUAACUGAAUAUGGAAAUUCAAUCAAUGCAAUGCAAAAUUUAUCAAUUAAUUGGGAUUUCUAUAAAGCGAAAAGAAAUCAAAAGGUUGAUGCUGAAACAUUAAAUGCUGCAACUGAACCAAUCCAAUGGUUAACAACUGCACCCUAUGAAUUGGAUACUGCCGUUGAACAAAGAGAAUUUGAUCUUGCUAUUUAUGAAAAUAAUCCAAAAGUUGAAAUUGUGAUGCAAACACAUCCAUUGAAAGAACAGAUUGAUAUUAGAAUCAAGAAUUUAAUAGAGAGUUUGAUGGAUCAGUUGCGUAGUCCUAUUCUCAAACCCAAUCAGAUUAGAGAUACGAUUGCAUUGUUGGUCAAGUUGGAGCAGAGUGACAAGGCAAAGAGUAUAUUCUUGGAGAGUCGUAGCCAUGCGAUCCAAGUGGCUGUGAAAAAGGUCAGUUUGAGUGGUGACCUGAUUCGCUAUAUCGGUGAAUUGACACGUAUUAUAUUCAACGCUAUCAAUACUACAUGUCUAGACUAUACCAACUCGUUCCCAGAGUCGUAUAUGGCUAGUGGUUUGGUCGAAUGGAUUGUACACCAGGUAGAGCUGAUUGUAGAUAUAUUCAGUCGCCAAGUGCUGACCAAUGAUAACUACCACAUCAUAUCGCAGCUGAUCCAUAUUGUACACUCACACUGUGAAAUGAUGGAGCAGAGUGGUCUAGCACUCUCAUUCUACUGGACACAGAUGUUGCAACCACACAUUGAAAAGCUUGUCUAUGACUAUGAAGCGAGAAUACGUGAGCAACUACAACAACACCUCGGCGAUGAGAAAUGGCAAAGCACAUCAAAUUGGGAAUACGAACUUGCCCUCUCACCACUCCCUACCACAUCAUCACCAAAAAGCAACUCUAAACCAAAUACUCCUCCUCUUUCAUAUUCUCCACAAUUAAGAAAUCAACAAUAUAACAACGCAACAGGUGGAGAAGAAAGUAAAUUAAAGUUGACAGAAAGUACUAUAUUUUUAAAUACCAUCAUUCAAAGAUUUUCAAAUGAUAUUUGUCAUAUCAUUAAUCCUCAAUUAAUUCCAACAAUAUCAACAUCAUUAUCAAAAAUAUUUAGGGAAUAUUUAAAUCAUUUAAUUGUAGCAGUACAAAAAGAUCUAUCAGACAACCAAAUGCAUUCAAUUAUUUCAGAUGCUGUAUUUAUAAGUGAAGAUUUAUUUGUACGUAGUACCAAUCGAUUUGAAGAUGCUAUUGGUAGACCACUCAAUAAUUUGGAUUCACUCAAAGAGACUCUGGAUAAUAUGUUCCGUCGUAUUCGUGAUGAAUACUCAGUCAAAAAGGCAUUAGAGACGGUUGAUCAUAUUAUGAUGUGGGAUUCAGAGAUUUAUCGUCUAGACGAGGACAUUGAACCACUUCCAAAGAAAUUCAUUCGUUUGGCAGAGACUGUAGAGAAGAUUGUUAUGAUCCUUUCACGUCGUAUGCAAGAAUUGAACGAGUCUGAAGGAUACAGUUACGGAAAUGGUGGCUUACAACACUUUGUAUUAGAGAUGCGUUAUCUAUCUACCGUUGCCGGUAAAUAUCCAAUGGAAGAAAUCACAUUUGAAUUGAUCAACACCAUGAUUGAAAAUGCUGUCAAACUCUAUGCCAAAGAACAUAGCUUUAAUCCAGACACUGUACUUCGUUCAGAUGAAUUCUUUACUCAAAUUAUUGAUAAUAUUGUUUAUCAAAAAUCAGUUUAUAAAUAA